AUGAGUAUUCCUCAAAGGGCUUCUGGUAGUAUUGGACAAGAUAAUGAUCAAGAAGAUUUCAAUUCCGCUAAAUCAAACAUGUCACCAGAUAAUGAUUUUAUAGAUGAUCCUUUGGCGAGGGAAAAAAGAUUUUACUACCUCGCCACUUCCGUUCCCCUCUAUCAAGCUGCCCUAAAAGGAGAUUGGAAAGUUGCUAAGGCUCUAUUUGAGAAAUAUCCAGAUGUCUUUCGCCGUCCCAUAACAGAAGGGAAUGAGACAGCUCUUCACAUCGCAGUCACAGCAGAACGCACUGAUUUUGUUAAAGAACUGGUCAAAUGUAUGGAUCCGGUUGAAAUAGCAUUACCAAAUAACAAUGGAAACACAGCCCUUUACUUUGCUGCUGGAUCAGGAAUCGUGUCCAUUGCCCAGGAGAUGGUGGAAAAGCAAAAGGAACUGCCAUUAAUCCGCGGUAGCGGUGACAAGACCCCACUUUACGUGGCAGCUUUAAACGGACGUAGAAAGAUGGUGUCGUAUCUAUACCCUCUCACUCCUUUUGAAGAUUUGGAAACUAUCGAACGCAUUGAUAUCCUUAUUGCUACUAUUUCUACUGAUAUGUACGGUAUGUAUUUGGGAGUUUGA